AUGACCAUGAGCGCCUGCGGCGGCGGCGGCGGCGCCGGGGGCAUCAGCCCCGCGUCGCGCUUCCUGCGCCGCCGCGCCGCCGUGCGGGACCUGGGCGGGGAAGUGGCCGGCGACCCCGACUCCGACGCCUUCUGGGCCGCCGCGCCCCUCCUCUACGACUUCUCCCAGCAGCAGCCCACGCCCCAGCGGCCCGCGCGGCGAUCGCCCUCGCCGGCGCCGACCAGCCCGUGCCUCCUCGCCCGGAAGCGGCACAAGGAGCGGUCCCCGUCGCCGCCUCCGUCCCCGCGGCGCUCGCCCGCGUCGGGCGGGACGACGACGACCUGCCUGCUCUCCGCCCUGCACCGCACCUGCGUGGGCUGGGGCGUCACGAGGCGGGCCGAGUACCCCAGCCGGUACCGCCCGGCUUCUCCCACCGCUUCUGGACUCGGGAUGCGCGUGCACCAGCUGGCGGCGGCUCGGUGCGUGGGCGAGGACGAGGAGAGCACCAGCGGCUCCGUCAAGAGGAGCAAGUACCUCGGGGUGGUGGUGGGCAAGAACGAGCAGCAGGAGGAGGAGCAGGUGGCGCCGGCGGUUGGUCAAGAUCAAGAGAGCGGCCGUGAGGAGGAGGAGGACAAUCCCGUGGUGGACAAGGCGAGGAAGGCGAGGAGCAGGAAGAGGGCGAGGUGGAGCCGCCGGCGCCGCGGCGCCGCCAGGCGCGCCAAGAAGGCCCCGCGCGUCGUCAAGGAGGAGCAGGAGGAGACGUCAGGCGAGGCGUCGGCGGAAGAGGACGUCAAGCCUGCGGUGGCGGUGAAGGCGGAGGAGGAGCCGAGGGAGGGGAGGAAGAGGGCGGCGGCCACGGCGAGUGCGCGUGCCCACGUCGCCGCCAAGCGCGGCAAGAGGACGACCCCUCCGAAGCAGGAGGAGGAGAAGGGGGAGGUGGCAGCGGCGGCGGCGGCUGAGAGCAAGCCCGCCACCGCCACUCCCGACCCCGGCUCGCCGCGCGGCAAGGUGGACCGGUGGUCGGCGUGGCGGUACGCGGCGGGCGAGGCGACGCUCGUCGACAUCCUGCGCGAGCGCGGCGCCACUGCCGGCAACCCCGCGCCGCGCGCCGACCUGCGGGCGCAGGCGCGCCGCCACAUCGGCGACACCGGCCUCCUCGACCACCUCCUCCGCCACGUCGCCGACAAGGUCCCCGCCGGCAGCGCCGACCGGGUCCGCCGCCGGUAUAACCCGGCCGGCGGCCUGGAGUACUGGCUCGAGCCGGCCGGACUGGCGGCCGUGCGGCGGGAGGCCGGCGUCGAUGACCCGUACUGGGUGCCGCCGCCCGGGUGGAAGCCCGGAGACCCCGUGUCGCCUGAGGCCCGCACGCUCCAGGUGCAGAAGCAGGUGGAGGAGCUCACCGGCGAGCUUGCCGUCGUAAAGAGGCAAAUGAAGCAGCUCGACUCCAAUCUGGUGCAAGUGAGCAAGGAAGCCUACAUCUCAUGGAAGGGGUAUGACUGUAUGGUGAAGGCUAAUGGCAAGCUGGAAAAAGAGGUGCUGUCCUUGGAGGAGAAGUAUGAGAAUGCGGCACAGGUGAAUGGGGAGCUGAAAGAGCUGCUGCUGUUACUGAAGGAUAAGUAUGAUACUGUGCUUGAGAAGAAUGAGAAACUGGAGGGCCAGAUGGUUGCUCUGUCCACUUCUUUCCAGUCCAUGAAGGAAGAGUUGCUCCUGCAGAGAAUUGAAGAACAACCUCUUCUGAUGCUAGCGCAAGAGCCUUGGGAUGGUGACAAGCAAGAAGCCGGUGCGAACAAUGCUUUGGUGUGUGCAGGCAACCAGCUGACUGAUGCUGAUGCCGUCGAUGGCAGCUUCAGCAGCGAUCACAGUGCCUGUGAUGACGAGAAGAUGGCGCUGAGGAAGGGUAUCUGCAUGCGGGAGGGAGCAUGCCAGUGGCCUAGGUCUGCUGCUUCCGGUGGCAAGGCCGGCAGCCCUGGGGACCUGCCAGAGCCGCUGACUCCCGGCGCGGAUCUGGUCAUCGCCGACUUCGACACCAUGAUCAAUAGCCUCGCGCCACCGUCCAUGGAGGACUACCUGCUGGCCGAUGGUCUCCCCACGCCGACGUCGGCCUCGUCCACCAACGCCUCUCCCAAGUUCCAGCUCCUCCCCUCACCGGCCUCGCCAAUCCAGGUCCAGCCUCUGCCGUCAACAACCAUGGUCAUGGGCGACCUCGACCUGCAGCUCCGGCACACGCCACAGGACAUGUCGUCUACGUCAUCAGGACCGUGCGGUGCCAAGGCGCUGAAUCUCGACGCAGGAGCUGGAGGUGGCGAGGUUGGCACUGAGCUGGUCCUGGCGACCCCCACCUACUGA